AAGAUAAUUAAAACUGACCGGCGUCUUAUUGUCGCCACGGAGUUUGACAUUUCGCCCUUUGUCCGAUAUGGUCUCACUGCACACACACUCAUUGAAAUUGGAAAAUUGAAAAUGGAAAAGCAUCGCUUACCGCUCCCGGAAUUGCACGACGAUAAACACAGACACAAACAAACAGGCAAUGGCGAGAACAGCAACCGCUUCAGGCCGCCCAAGAACAAGCGUUACAGGUGCUUCCUGCCGGCGGACAACAACAAUCUAAACCGCAGCCAGUCGUUGGGAUCCUGCAGCGCCAACAGCUCACAGAUCGCCCACGCCAUCUCGUUCCGGGGCCCGGAGUGUCCAGACGCCAGCAUUUUGCCAUCCUCGCCCGCUUCGGCCGAUUGGAGUGACCGCAGCCACUUCGAGCAGUGCUUCCAACGACUGGCCAAGCUAGGCGAAGGGUCCUUCGGUGAAGUCUUCCAGGUGCGCGAUCGUGCUGAUGGCCGACUGUACGCCGUUAAGAUCUCCAAACAGCUGUUCCGGGGCGAACAGUACAGGGCCGAACGACUGGAGGAGGUACGCCGCUACGAGGAGUUCUCCGGUCAUGAGAACUGUAUCCGCUUCAUCCGUGCCUGGGAGCAGUACGACCGGCUCUUCAUGCAAAUGGAACUGUGCCGCGAGAGUCUGGAGCAGUAUUUGCUGCGUUGCCAGCGGAUACCCGAGGAGCGUAUAUGGCACAUCCUGCUGGACCUGCUGCGGGGCCUGAAGUCGCUGCACGACCGAAAUCUGAUCCACCUGGACAUAAAGCUGGAUAACGUGCUGAUAGGCGAGGACGACGAGACCUGCAAGCUGGCGGACUUUGGACUGGUUAUAGAUUUGGACAGAGCCAACAGCCAGCACGCCACCGAGGGUGAUUCUCGAUACAUGGCGCCGGAAAUCCUGCAGGGACACUUCUCCAAGGCAGCUGAUAUCUUCAGUUUGGGCAUUGCCAUGCUAGAGCUGGCCUGCUACAUGGAUCUGCCAUCUAAUGGGCCACUGUGGCACGAAUUGCGCCAGGGAAUCUUGCCUGAGGAAUUUAUUAAUAAAAUAUCCGUGGAACUGCAGACGGUAAUUAAGUCCAUGAUGAUGCCGGAUCCGGCGCGAAGGCCUACGGCAGAUCAACUGCUCUUGCAUCCGAGGCUGCAGCGCAUGCAGCAGAGGCGAAAGUCUCUGAUAACCCUCGGUCAGCUGUCUCGGAGUUUUCGUCGAUCCCGUCGCAAGGUCUGGGGGAAAAUGUGCAAUUGGAAGACGGCCGCCUUCCGAUAUCUCUUCUAUUUCUUGGAGGUCCUGCAUCUGUACAAGCCCAUCGCCCCGCCAAAGCCCAGCAUCAAUAUAGCGCCGUCCUCUCCAACGCCCACAUCAAAGCCGACCGCGCCCCGUGAGCUUACGCUAGUGGGCUCCACGCCCAUUGCCAAUCGCGAUUGCUUCGCCUCCCAUUUUCUAUCCGGUGAGGACGCCCUCGAGCUGUCCCAGCACGGCACCCCGUCGGCAAUGAACUCCACGCCAUUAAACCAUAACCAAGGCAAAUCCCGACUCGACUUGCAGAAGAAUAUGGAUUCGCUGGGCAAGAGUGUACAGAUGCCGGACUUCGACAGUCCGUCUUUAGGCCCGUCGUCGCCCAAGAUCCUGGACACCUCCUCCUUCCGACGAAAGAAAUUGUUUGCGCUGGACUACGAUGAUGAGUGAACGAAUGCAUCGAGAGAUGAAACAAUAUAUCAGUUAUGGAACAAAUACCAGAUACAUAUGGCAACCGAAUAUAUCGUUAUAUAUAUAUAGUUUAGAUCUAGACGGUAGUGUUGUACGAAGUUCCCUAGAAAUAGUCUAACAAUUGUGUAAUGUUAAUGCUUCUUUAGAAGAACUUGUUGAACUUGAACUUAUAAUCAUGUGAUAUAUAUACGAAAUGCGAUUUGAAAUGUUAAAAUAAUAAA